AUGAAGAUGAGGCUGAGAACGCGGAAAGCUUCUCAGCAGUCAAAUCAAAUCCACACACAACGAGCUCUGAGGGCCAAGAGGAAACACUUGGAGGUGGAAGAGACCUUGCCUGUUGGUGGGGGGAAACCACAGAAAAAUGAGACUGGCUUGUUGUCCUCGAUCAAAAAGUUCAUCAAGGGAAGCACACCUAAGGAAGAAAGAGAAAAUCCUGCAAAAAGAAGUCGGAUUGAUCGGGAUAUAGAUAACUUGAUCACAUCUACACCUCAGACAGGAGAGAAGCCUCGAGUACGGCGGAAAAGUCAAAUGAAUGGAGAAGCUGGAAGUUAUGAAAUGACAAACCAACAUGUGAAGCAAAAUGGGAAAUUGGAAGAUAAUCCUCCCACUGGCAGUCCCCCCCGAACUACCUUACUGGGAACCAUUUUUUCUCCUGUCUUUAAUUUUUUUUCACCAGCAAAUAAAAAUGGAACAUCAGGAUCAGACUCUCCAGGACAGGCUGUGGAAGCUGAAGAAAUAGUCAAACAGCUUGAUAUGGAACAGGUAGAUGAGAUUACCACAAGUACUGCAACAUCAACCAAUGGAGCAGCUUACACAAGCCAAGCAGUGCAGGUCAGGUCUGCUGUCAACAAUGGCUUAGAAGAAGUGGAGGAAGCAAGUGACCGUGACCUGCCACCACUCACAGCACCAGUAUCUCCAGACAGUGGCUACUCAUCAGCUCAUGCAGAAGCCACCUAUGAAGAAGACUGGGAAGUCUUUGAUCCAUACUAUUUCAUCAAGCAUGUUCCACCACUAACAGAAGAACAACUGAACAGGAAGCCAGCUCUUCCACUGAAAACAAGAAGCACACCAGAGUUCUCAUUAGUUCUAGACUUGGAUGAAACAUUAGUGCACUGUAGUCUGAAUGAGUUAGAAGAUGCUGCACUCACCUUUCCAGUUCUUUUUCAAGAUGUCAUUUACCAGGUCUAUGUCCGGUUAAGGCCGUUCUUCCGAGAAUUCCUGGAACGUAUGUCUCAGAUUUAUGAGAUCAUUCUUUUCACUGCUUCUAAGAAGGUGUAUGCAGACAAGUUAUUGAACAUUCUAGACCCUAAAAAGCAACUGGUCAGGCAUCGACUUUUCCGUGAGCAUUGUGUUUGCGUGCAAGGAAAUUACAUCAAGGAUCUAAACAUCCUCGGAAGAGACCUGUCCAAAACCAUCAUCAUCGACAAUUCACCGCAAGCCUUUGCUUACCAGCUUUCAAAUGGAAUUCCUAUAGAAAGCUGGUUCAUGGAUAAAAAUGACAAUGAACUCCUAAAAUUGAUUCCAUUUCUGGAGAAACUUGUAGAGCUGAACGAAGAUGUCCGACCUCACAUCAGAGACAGAUUUCGCUUGCAUGAUUUGCUACCCCCCGACUAAAGCCUUUUGUCCCAUU